AUGAGAGGUAGAAAGCCAAGGUGGUACAGCUUGCAGAAGCCCAAACUCCGCCAAUCAUGGAAUAAAUACAACCUCUUCAACAUUGCCAGAGCAACCCUGAAUAGGACCCGUUCUUCGAGAACCUACUUCCAGCAGAAAUGGACCGCCAAGUCAAUGACCCGUGGCUACCACGGCGCCCACAUCAAGGAGGCGGACUGGUCGCGCAACUUCUCCCGCCGCCUCUUCUCCGCUGUCGACAUGCCGCCCGAGUACCUUGCCGAGCACGACGGCUCAGAGCACUCGGCCGGUCGCGGUUCCGGUCUACACGCCGAGCCAGGAUCCGAGGACAAUACGCCCACCGCAUACCAAUUCUCCAAGCUCGAACGAGCCAGGCAAAAACGUGAAAAAUCCAAGUUGGUAGUAGUUACUCACUCGACGACGUCUCACCCGGCGCAAGUUUCCUUCAUGAGGGAUGAAAAGACGCAGAUGCUCGCCCGCCCCAUUCACCGCAUGACUCCGUACAUGCAGAUGGCCUUUGCGCCCCUCGAGAGGAGGCUAGACGUCGCCGUCUUCCGCGCCAUGUUCGCUAGUAGCACGCUCCAAGCGAAACAGUUCUGCACACACGGCGCCGUCAAGGUCAACGGCAAGAUUAUGCGCUACGGUGCCUACAAGCUCAACCCCGGCGACAUGUUCCAGGUCGACGUCGACUCUGUCCUCUUCGCCACCGGCCGCGCCAAAACUCCCAAACACGCAGACUUCGUCGCCGGCAAGGACUGGACAUCCCUAAACUCCGUCAAAUCCUCCAAGGAGGGCAAGUCCGACACCGGGGACGAUGCUGCGGCAGAAAAGACCGCCUCGGAACUAGACUCGGAUGACGCAGCCGUCGAGACCGCCGAAGUCGAAGCCGCCGUCGAAGACGCCGAGACAACCGAAGCAGGGGAAGCAGCGGCGGCGGGAGAGGGCGAGAGCCAGCUCUCCGAGGCAGAGAAGUCCGCCCAGCUCCACAAGCAGCUCAAGUCGCUCGUCCGCUCCGUCAAAAACAUCAUCCACGACGGAGACAAGGCCCUCAACCCCCGCAAGAAGCGCCAGCUCCGUACCUUCAUGUCCGAAGCCAAGCGCGCCCUCUCCUCCUCGGGCCGCGUUUCCAGCGACGCCGCCUCCUCGCUCGACCACGUCGGCGUCAUGGACAACCUCUCCGCCCUACUCAAAGACUUCAAGCUCGAGGGCAACCAGGUCGAGGCCGUCGCCUCCCCCCAGGCGGAGGAGAAGCAGCAGUCCGACCACACCAAGCCGACGAGCGCCAAGGAAAAGGCUCAGACCGAGGCCGUCACGGAGCUCAUCUCCUCAAAGGACGUCCGCCAGGCGCUCAGCGGCCUGAGCAAGGCCGAACAAGAUGUUUUUGCCCAGCUCCUCCGCAAAAAUGCCGAGAACCCCAUCGACGAGUCCAAGCCCUACUGGACGCCCUGGCAGCCGCGUCGGUACAUGGGACCCUUUGCCUUCAUCCCGCGCUACCUCGAGGUGAAUCAGAACAUUUGCGCCGCUGUUUACCUUCGCCACCCGGUCGCCAGACGUGGUAUCGCCGAGGUGCCCACUCCCUUCAACUACGAGACCAACCAGUUGGCCUUCAACUGGUACCUGAGACGGAGCUGA